AUGGCCAACUCCCCCCACGGUGGUGUCCUCAAGGACCUCCUCGCCCGCGAUGCCCCCCGCCAUGAUGAGCUCGCCGCCGAGGCCGAGACUCUGCCCGCCAUCGUCCUCUCCGAGCGCCAGCUGUGCGAUCUGGAAUUGAUCAUGAACGGAGGUUUCUCUCCUCUUGAGGGUUUCAUGACCCAGAAGGAUUUCGAUGGUGUCUGUGAGAACUGCCGUCUUGCCGAUGGCCACCUCUUCUCCAUGCCCAUCACCCUCGAUGCCUCCCAGCAGGUCAUCUCCGACUCCAACCUCAAGCCCGGCUCUCGCGUCACUCUGCGGGACUUCCGUGAUGACCGCAACCUGGCCAUCCUGACCAUUGAGGACAUUUACCGCGCUGACAAGGAGAAGGAGGCUAAGCUGGUCUUCGGCGGUGACCCCGAGCACCCUGCCAUCAAGUACCUCAACACCAAGGUUGAGGACUUCUACAUCGGUGGUAAGAUCGAGGCUGUCAACAAGCUCAACCACUACGACUAUGUCGCUCUCCGCUACUCUCCCGCGGAGCUGCGUGUCCACUUCGACAAGCUCGGCUGGACCCGAGUUGUCGCUUUCCAGACCCGUAACCCCAUGCACAGAGCUCACCGUGAGCUGACCGUCCGCGCCGCGCGCGCCCGUCAGGCCAAUGUCCUGAUCCACCCCGUCGUCGGUCUCACCAAGCCCGGUGACAUUGACCACUUCACCCGUGUCCGUGCCUACCAGGCCCUCCUGCCCCGUUACCCCAACGGCAUGGCCGUCCUUGGUCUCCUGCCCCUCGCCAUGCGCAUGGGUGGUCCCCGUGAGGCCAUCUGGCACGCCAUCAUCCGUAAGAACCACGGUGCCACCCACUUCAUCGUUGGCCGUGACCACGCCGGUCCCGGUAAGAACUCCAAGGGUGAGGAGUUCUACGGCCCCUACGACGCUCAGCACGCCGUCGAGAAGUACCGCGAGGAGCUGGGUAUCGAGGUCGUCGAGUUCCAGCAGGUCACCUACCUGCCAGACACCGACGAGUACAAGCCCAAGGAUGAGGUCCCCGCUGGCAUCAAGACCCUCGACAUCUCCGGUACCGAGCUCCGCAACCGCCUGCGCACCGGUGCCCACAUCCCCGAGUGGUUCUCUUACCCCGAGGUCGUCAAGAUCCUCCGGGAAUCCAGCCCUCCCCGUGCCACCCAGGGUUUCACCAUCUUCCUGACUGGUUACAUGAACUCCGGUAAGGACGCCAUCGCGCGUGCCCUCCAGGUCACCCUGAACCAGCAGGGCGGUCGCUCCGUCACCCUUCUCCUCGGUGACACCGUCCGCCACGAGCUCUCUUCGGAGCUGGGCUUCAGCGCCGAGGACCGCCACACCAACGUCCAACGCAUCGCCUUCGUCGCUGGUGAGCUGACCCGCGCCGGUGCCGCUGUCAUCGCCGCCCCCAUCGCUCCCUACGAGCGCUCCCGCAAGGCUGCCCGUGAGGCGGUUUCCGGCCUCGGCGGCAGCUUCUUCCUCGUCCACGUCAACACCCCUCUCGAGUACUGUGAGAAGACCGACAAGCGUGGCAUCUACGCCAAGGCCCGCCGCGGUGAGAUCAAGGGCUUCACUGGUGUCGAUGACCCCUAUGAGGCUCCGGAGAACGCCGACCUGGUUGUCGACGUCUCCAAGCAGAGUGUGCGCAGCAUCGUGCACGAGAUCAUCCUCAUGCUCGAGAGUGAGGGCUACUUCGACCGUCUUUAG